AGCACAGAGCCUAGAACUGAAUGUGGGGACUUUGAAUGUUGGGACUAUGACAGGAAAAUCUCGGGAGUUGGUGGACAUGAUGAUAGGGAGAAAGGUUGAUAUAUUGUGUGUCCAGGAGACCAGGUGGAAAGGCAGUAUGGCUAGAAGUUUAGGGGCAGGGUUAAAUUAUUUUACCAUGGUGUAGAUGGGAAGAGAAAUGGAGUUGGGGUUAUUUUAAAAGAAGAGUUGGCUAAGAAUGUCUUGGAGGUGAAAAGAGUAUCAGAUCGAUUAAUGAGGCUGAAACUUGAAAUUGAGGGUGUUGUGUGUAAUGUGGCUAUGGCCCACAGGUAGGAUGUGACCUAGAGGUGAAAGAGAAAUUCUGGAAGGAGCUAGACGAAGUAGUACUGAGCAUCCCAGACAGAGAGAGAGUUAUAAUUGGUGCAGAUUGUAAUGGACAUGUUAGUGAAGGUAAUAGGGGUGAUGAAGAAGUGAUAGGUAAGUACGGCAUCCAGGAAAGGACCUUGGAGGGACAGAUGGUGCUAGACUUUGCAACAAGGAUGCAAAUGGCUGUAGUGAACACUUUUUUCCAGAAGAGGCACGAACAUAGGGUGACCUACAAGAGCGGAGGUAGAAGCACGCAGGUGGAUUACAUCUUGUGCAGACGAUGUAAUCUGAAGGAGGUUACCAACUGUAAGGUAGUGCUAGGGGAGAGUGUGGCAAAACAGCAUAGGAUGGUGGUGUGUAAGAUGACUCUGGUGGUGGGGAGGAAGAUUAGGAAGACAAAGGCAGAGAAGAGAACCAUGUGGUGGAAGCUGAGACAGGACGAGUGUGUGCAGCUUUUCAGGAAGAGGUGAGACAGGCUCUCGGUGGACGGGAGGAGCUUCCAGAAGACUGGACCACUGCAGCCAAGGUGAUCAGAGAGGCAGGCAGGAGAGUACUUGGUGUAUCGUCUGGCAGGAAAGUAGAGAAGGAGACUUGGUGGUGGAACCACACAGUACAGGAAAUCAUACAAGGAAAAAGGUUAGCUUAGAAGAAGUGGGACACUGAGAGGACCGAGGAGAGGCGAAAGGAAUACAUUGAGAUGCAACACAGGGCAAAGGUAGAGGUGGCAAAGGCCAAACAAGAGGCAUAUGAUGACAUAUAUGCCAGGUUGGACACUAAAGAAAGAGAAAAGGCUCUAUACAGGCUGGCCAGACAGAGGGGUAGAGAUGGGAACGAUGUGCAGCAGGUUAGGGUGAUUAAGGAUAGAGAUGAAAUAUGUUGACUGGUGCCAGCAGUGUGCUAGCUAGAUGGAAAGAAUACUUCGAGGAGUUGAUGAAUGAGGAAAAUGAGAGAGAAGGGAGAGUAGAAGAGAGAGAAGGGAGAGUAGAAGAGGCAAGUGUGGUUGACCAGGAAGUGGUCAACCGACCCUGCCAAGAUCCAUGCAGUCGUUAACUGGCCCACUCCCACCACCCGCAAAGAACUACGUUUUCCUUGGAUUCGCCAAUUUUCUACCGUCGAUUCAUCCGUAAUUACAGCAGGGUCGCUAUUCCCCUCACUAGCCUCAUAUCCACCAGCUCCCUCUUUCAAUGGACCCUUGCACCAUCCCAAGCAUUCAGUAGACUCAAGACCCUGUUCACCAGUGCGCCCAUUCUUUGCUACCCCGACCCCUCACUCCAGUUUGUGGUUGAGGUUGACGCCUCGGACAAGGGGGCAAGGGCUGUCCUCUCGCAGCGAGACCCCAGAACCCAGAAACCUCACCCCUGUUCCUUUUUUUCCUGUCGUCUGUCCUCUGCCGAGAGGAACUACAGUGUCAGCAACCGAGAACUACUGGCCAUUGUAUGGGCUUUGGAAGAGUGGAGGCACUGGCUGGUGGGGACUGAACUACCAUUCAUCACUUGGACAGACCACAAAAAUCUCUCUUACCUCCGUUCCGCCAAACGCCUUAACCCUCGACAAGCUCGCUGGGCUCUCUUCUUGAGCAGGUUUAAUUUCAAUCUCUCCUUCCGUCCUGGCUCCAAAAACAGCAAACCAGAUGCCGUGUCUCAACUUUACUCACCCCACACCAGCCCUGACAAACUGGAACCCAUACUUGCUUCCUCGUGCUUCGUUGGAGCAGCCACUUGGUAGAUCGAACAGGUGGUUAAGGAGGCCCAAAAAACUCACCUGGAUCCCAAAACUGGGCCUCCAAACCGCCUGUUCGUACCAGAUUCCGCACGCUCUGACGUUCUUCAGUGGGCUCACAACUCCAAACUCACCUGUCAUCCUGGCAUCACCCACACCAUUCAGUUCAUCCGGCAGCAUUUCUGGUGGCCCAGCCUUGUUCAUGACACCCGGGAGUUCAUCCAAGCCUGCUCCGUCUGUGCCCGAGGGAAGUCUUCACACCUGCCCCCAGCUGGGCUGCUGCGUCCAUUGCCUAUCCCUAGCCACCCUUGGUCCCAUAUCACUCUGGACUUCGUUACCGGUCUACCUCCUUCUGUAGGUAACUCUAUCAUUCUCACUAUUGUCGAUCGCUUUUCCAAAUCUGUCCAUUACGUACCCCUCCCCAAACUACCAUCCGCCUUCGAAACUGCUAACCUCCUUGUCCAGCAUGUCUUUAGACUCCACGGUAUUCCCAUCGAUAUUGUCCCUGACAGAGGUCCUCAGUCCUCAUCCCUGGUAUGGAAGGAAUUCUGUAAAGAGGUGGGCGCAGCAGCCAGCUUCUCAUCAGAAUAUCAUCCGCAGACCAACGGCCAGAUGGAGCGGGCAAACCAAUCCCUAGAAUCAGCCCGCCGUUGUGUUGCAUGCAACCCCUGCUCCUGGAGCUCAUUCAUACCAUGGAUUGAGUACACAACUCCCUCAUCAGUUCCGCUACCGGUAUGUCCCCAUUCAUGGCUUGCUAUGGUUACCAACCUCCAUUAUUCAAAGAACAGGAGCAGGCAUUGGCAGUCCCCACAGUCAAGGAUAAUCUCCAGAGAAUCCAGGCAGUGUGGAAAGACGUCCGAGCGGUCGCACGCAAUAAACAGGUCGCGGACCGUCAUCGCUCCCCGACGCCCGAAUACAAGGUGGGCCAAUCUCUCUGGCUUUCUUCUCACGACCUCCCGCUUCAAACUGAAUCCCGUAAACUCACUCCCCAUUUCAUUGGCCCUUUUGCCAAUUACCAAAAUCAUCAAUCCCACUUCCGUCCAGUUGAAGCUUACUCAGUCCUUAAAGAUUCACCCAACCUUCUACGUCUCAUUGCUCAAGCCUGUCUCCACCUGUGCCCUAAACCCUCCGGCCGAACCCCCUCAAUUCCCCCGCAUUAUUGACGACCAGCCGGCCUUCACGGUGUCGCACAUCCUCGACGUGAGGUCGAGGGAGUGGGGAUUCCAGUACCUGGUCGACUUUUGGACGACUUCCAUGGGCCAGGGAAGACUGGCAGGACGCCGGGAGGCGUCCGUUGAGAGGCUGUCAUAUACUGCCCUGCAGUUCCAUUAUUGGAGCCGGGGAGGUGCUUUGCGUCCUCUUCCUCUCCCCCCUCCCCUCUCUGUUUUCAGCACCUGUUUCCAAUCAGCCUUAUCACCACCGGUCUAUAAGCCUGCCUGUUCCAGGAAAUCCUCGCCAAAGUAUUGCAGUUACUUCCAGCGCCAGCCACAUGUCCUCACCACUGCCUGCACCUGUCCACGCCACCGCCUGCCAACCAACUUAGGCAUUCAAUGUAAAUUUACUUGUAUUGAAGUGCGGUUCCACUUGGAGCGUCAGAUGGGCUACUACCUGAUCCAAAUGUACAUCCCGUCUCUGCUGAUUGUUAUUCUAUCAUGGGUCUCCUUUUGGAUUAACAUGGAUGCAGCCCCAGCCAGAGUGGCGCUUGGCAUCACUACUGUCCUCACAAUGACAACACAGAGUUCAGGCUCCAGGACUUCAUUGCCAAAGGUCUCCUAUGUCAAGGCCAUAGACAUCUGGAUGGCAGUGUGUCUACUGUUUGUUUUCUCUGCACUGUUGGAGUAUGCUGCGGUUAAUUUUGUGUCAAGGCAACAUAAAGAGCUGCUACGAUUCAAGCGAAAUCCCAAGAAGAGCAAGAACAGUGGAGGUGCAGUUGAUGCAGAUGAGCUAGCCGAAUCCCUCCAUCGUGUUAACAUUGACAACGGCCUCAAGGCAUCAGACCCUCUCUAUGGAUCUAUGAACAACAUCUACAGCACCAACUACAGGGAACGGGAAGUACAUGAGACCAGACUGACCUCUACAGCUGCUGUAACCUCCACUCCCAGCAACACCAAGGACUCCAAGGCCACCACUAACAAUACUGUCACUGUACUGAACACUCAAGGAGCCCCAGCAAACACUGCCCUGAAUCCCCCGGGAGUCCCUUCAGGAGGACGGAAAAGCACGGAGGAAAUGAGAAAGUUAUUUAUCGACCGAGCCAAAAAGAUUGACACGGUAUCGAGGGCCGGUUUUCCCCUGGCCUUCCUGUUUUUCAACAUAUUCUACUGGGUUCUUUAUAAAAUACUUCGCCAUGAAGAUUUCCAUUCGCCAUAGAGAAAGAAAGACAGUGUGUUAAUCAAGUAUGCACACAUAAAUGCAAACACACUAGUACUGUAGCUCAUGUGAGGAAAUGCUUUCUUCCUUUACAUCACAUUACCUUAACUCCCUCUUUAAUAAGAACUGCAAUCCACGACGUCACAUUGCUCCAAAGUUUCAAUAGACAGAAAACUCCAAACAGUGGCCACAAACAUAGAUGUACAAGCAUACACAGAUGCUAAAUUAUCAUGAUUUGGUCGGGUUGAAGACAAUUCAGCAUGACUCAGACAGCACAGUGUUUUUACUAGGAAACUGUGUUUGGAUGCUGCUGGGAUAGUGACAGCGUUUGAGAUCUGAGGCUGGAUUUUCAUUGCCGCUUUUAAUCCCGAUUUCCAAUUCAGUGCCUAUAUGACUUUCGGGGGGAGGGGGGGGUCUGUCAUAUUAGACAUUACCGAGCAUUAAUUUGGCGUGCACAGGCCUUUUCACCUUAACUUAGGUAGUAAAGGCAGUUAACGUCUGCAUUACUGAACUGGCCACCAUUGCUUUUCUCAUGUAAUGGCAUACGCACCUCAGCUGUCGUGUUGAUUCUGGUUGAUGUUUGGGUAGAUGUGUGAGUACACGCUAUGCAUUGGAGAUUUGCAAUGGCAUCCACUUCACAUUGACAUUGUUUAUCCAACCUGUUUACUUAUACUGCAAUCACAUUGACAGACCUGAUUCAGUUUUAAUAUGUCCUAUUGUGUUUGUGUGUUUGUGUGCGUGCGUACGUUCAUACUGCCAUGACCCACAUCCAGACUGAUCCCAUUGGAGGCGGGGGGAAACAGAAUUGAGUCACUUGAACCAUUUCAUGUAAAUGUAGCCUGAAUGUCUUUGUCCAGUUUGACCAAUGUCCAGUUUUUGCUAAUUACAACUAAAAUGCACUUAUGUGAAAAAUGAAGUGAAAGAUAAGAAUAAGAACUGACACGUUCUUCUAUACAAAUCACGGCACACAAUUAAUUCUGACUGACUGUGUUUGUUUUGUUUUCCGUCAAUCCAUCUUGAGUGCAAAAUUAUUUCAGUAUGGUGGAUCUUGAGUCCCUGAAUCCACCUCGCUGAAAUCAACAAACUGUGUUCUUUGUAUGUGUUAUCUAUGUGGUAGCCUACAUUUUACACAUCACUUAAGAUAAGAAUUCCCUCAGUGAGACCAGCCACAUGAUGUACACCACUCAUUAGAACUUACAUGUCACUUUAUUAACGUGUAAAGGUAGAAACCUCUUGCCGGCCUUUCAUUUUUUUCACUGUAGCAGUGGUAAGCUACAUCUAACUCGUCACUGUCAGUAAAACUGAAAUUUAGCAAUGCUUGGGUGACAUACCGCUCAGCUUUAUCACAUUUUAAAAAGCAAAUGGCAGUCCUAACAACAUUUUUUUCUUAUAAACCAAAAUGGUCAUUGCAAUUUACCAAAACUCAUUUUAAAGCAGUUGAACCUUGUGAUUACUGAAUUAACAUCCCCAAUCAGCAAAGAAAUGAAAUUAUAUAAAAACAUUAAACAUUCAUACAGUUGCUAUAGCGCUUAACCUCGUUAGUCGCGUGUGAGCUGAAUCCUAUCUCAGCUGACUAUGAACAAGAGGCAGGGACCAGGUACAGCCUGGACUGGUCGGCAGUCAAUGAAGGCACAUAGACAAAGAACCAUUCAUGCUCACAUUCACGGCUAUGGACAAUUUAGUCUUCAGUUAAAGACCCUGUAAAGUAAUUUCAGUGAUUUGUUUGUUAAUGCAUUAAAUACGUUUGAAGAUGUGUGUGCUGAAAAUGUGCAAAGCGAGAGCUAUUUAGUACUGAACUGAUGAGAUGUACUGUAGCGUUAAACUUUUUCUCACCACUUUAAUUGUCCAGAUUUUUUUCGUGUGGCUAAAACUAAGACCAAGUACGCACUUGAGCUUUCUGGCAUGAGUCGGUUCUCCCCCACUUUAUGGCAUGUCAUCAUGGCAUUGAAGUGCCCCGUGACGACUCGGUGCUAGCCGCUAUAGCCCGCGGGCUUGCAGGCUAACAGACCGGCGAUGGUGUCCUGCAAUACGUCACUUUAUUUACUUUAUUUACAUUUACGUUUACGUCACUUACAUUUACUU